GACGACCUUUGGCGGUUCUGCUUUAGGCUCUGGCGAGUGUGGCGUGCACCGGCCGCGGAAGCCGUAGGGAGGACGCGGGGACUCCCGGAAGCGGGACAUGGGUGUGUGUUCAUUGCUAUAAAUAUCCCUCUAUGAACUGCUUUUGCUGCAUUUCACAAAUUUUGGACUCAGUGACCUUUGAAGAUGUGGCCGUCACUUUUACCCUGGAGGAGUGGGCUAUGCUGGAUCAUUUCCAGAGGAAACUCUACAGAGAUGUCAUGGGGGAAAUCUAUACAAACUUGGCUUCCAUAGGGAAACAAUGGAAAGACCAGAGUAUUCAGCAUCAGUACAAAAAUCAGAGCAGAAAUCUGAGCAAUCAUAUUGUAGAGAAAGUUGGUGAAAUUAAAGCAAGUCCUCACUGUGGAGAAACCUUCAGCCAGAUUCCAAAUCUUAAUGUGAAUAAGAAAAGUCCUCCUGGAGUAAAACCAUGUGAAUGUAGCUUGUGUGAAAAAGUCUUCAUGUAUCAUUCAUCCCUUAAUAGGCACAUCACAUCUCACACUGGACACAAACCAUAUGAAAGUGAUGAAUACAGAGAGAAGCCAUAUAAAUGUAAGCAGUGUGGAAAAGCUUUCAUUUCUCUCCCAGUUGUUCGAAGACACAUGAUAAGACACACUGUAGAUAGACCUUAUCAGUGUAAGGUAUGUGGGAAAGCGUUUGGCUAUCGCAGUUCAUUUCAAAGUCAUGAAAGAACUCACACUGGAGAGAAACCCUAUGAAUGUAAACAAUGUGGUAAAACCUUUAGUUAUCCCAGUUAUGUUCAACAACACGAAAGAAUUCACACUGGAGAGAAACCCUAUGAGUGUAAGGAAUGUGGGAAAGCCUUUAGGUUUUCCAGUUGCCUUCAAAGACAUGAAAGAACUCACACUGGAGUGAAACCCUAUGAGUGUAACGAAUGUGGGAAAGCUUUCAUUUCUCUUCCAGAUGUUAGAAGACACAUGAUAACACACACUGGACAUGGACCUUAUAAAUGUCAGGUAUGUGGGAAAGCCUUUGGCUGUCUCAGUUCAUUUCAGUGUCAUGAAAGGACUCACACUGGAGAGAAACUAUAUGAGUGUGAACAAUAUGGUAAGGCCUUCAGUUGUCCUAGUUCUGUUCGAAGACAUGAAAGAAUCCACACUGAAGAGAAACUCUGUAAAUGUAAAGACUGUGGGAAGGCCUUCAUUUCUCUUGCAGAUGUUCAAAGGCACAUGAUAACACACACAGGAUAUGGACCUUAUGAGUGUAAGGUAUGUGGGAAAGCCUUUGUCUACCCCAGGUCAUUUCAAAUGCAUGAAAGGGCACACACUGGAGAGAAGCCCUAUGAAUGUAAGAAAUGUGGGAAAGCCUUCACUUCUCUCUCAAGUGUUCAGAGACAUAUGAUACUGCACACUGGAGAUGGUCCUUAUAAAUGUAAGGUAUGUGAGAGAGCCUUUGACUGUCUCAGUUCAUUUCAAAGUCAUGAAAGGACACACACUGGAGAGAAGCCCUAUGAAUGUAAGAAAUGUGGAAAAGCCUUCACUUCUCUCUCAAGUGUUCAGAGACACAUGUUAACACACACCGGAGAUGGACCUUAUCAAUGUAAGGUAUGUUGGAAAGCAUUUGACUGUCCCAGUUCAUUACAAAUGCAUGAAAGGACUCACAAUGGCGAAAAACCCUAUGAAUGUAAACAAUGUGGUAAGGCCUUCAGUAGGUCCAGUUCCUUUAGAGUACAUGAAAGAAUUCACACUGGAGAGAAACCCUACGAAUGUAAGGAAUGUGGUAAAGCUUUCACUUGUUCCAGUUCCUUUCGAAAGCAUGAAAAAACUCAUACUGAAAAAAAAUCCUAAAUUUAUGGUUGUGGAAAAGCCUUCAGUUAACCUAUAGACUUAAAAAACAUGUAGAA